CCGAAACGACCAAAACGUCUGCUCUGGCAGCGCAGCUGAUUGUGAAUCUGACAGACUCAGACUCAGAGGCCUGCAUGAAGCUGAAGCCUAAGGCUAAGGGAGCUGAAGCCUGACAAGCUGGCGUCUUCAAAAUCUGCAUAGUCUUGAGUGCAGCGCUGCAUUGGCUGCAUUGGCCGCAAUAUUUCGCAAGCAUCAUGUCUUCCGCAGUCGCCGCUCGGGCAGCAGUGCCGCACACAGGCCUCACCACCCGUUCCAUCGGAGCGGUCGGAAGUUCCCCCGCGUUCAGUGCACCCAUCCACAAAGUAGCGGCUUCGCCACAGAAUCUGCACAGCAAGUUCCUGCCUAAGGUUCAGCAGGUGACGGUGGGGAAGCAGAAUGCCGCCAGGAUUGCAAUGUCAGGAGAGCGCAGCUACAAGAUCACGCUCCUGCCUGGAGAUGGGAUUGGUCCUGAGAUCAUCAAAGUUGCGGUGGAUGUUCUGAAGGAGAUUGGCAGUCAAGAAGACAUCAAGUUCUCGUUCGAGGAAGCGCUUGUUGGAGGGGCCGCCAUCGAUGAGACGGGGUCUCCUCUGCCAGAGAAGACCCUUGAGAUCUGCAGGGGCAGCGACUCUGUGCUCCUGGCAGCCAUUGGAGGGUACAAGUGGGACAACAACCCGUCUCACUUGCGGCCCGAGAGGGGCCUCCUGGGGCUCCGUGCCGGCCUCAACUGCUUUGCCAACCUUAGACCAGCCACCGUCUUGCCACAGCUGGUUGACGCAUCCAGCCUCAAACGGGAGAUCGUGGAGGGAGUCGAUAUCAUGGUGGUUCGGGAACUGACGGGGGGCAUCUACUUCGGCAACCCCAAAGGCUUUGGAAAGAACGAAAAGGGCGAGCGGACAGGGUUCAACACGAUGAUCUACUCAGAAUCGGAGAUCGACAGGAUCGCACGGGUUGGUUUCGAGACCGCUCAGAAGCGCGGGGGCAAGCUGUGCUCAGUGGACAAGGCCAACGUGCUCGAGGUGUCACAACUGUGGCGGGAGCGCGUGACGGAGCUCGGCAAGGAGUACCCGGACGUAGAGCUGUCGCACAUGUACGUCGACAACGCGGCGAUGCAGCUCAUCCGGGCGCCGAAACAGUUUGACACCAUCGUGACCGGCAACAUCUUUGGGGACAUCCUCUCGGACGAGGCCUCCAUGCUCACCGGCAGCAUUGGCAUGCUCCCCUCCGCAAGCAUACCCGAAUCGGGCCCCGGCGUUUACGAGCCCGUCCACGGCUCCGCCCCCGAUAUCGCUGGCCAAGACAAGGCCAACCCGCUCGCCCAGAUCCUGAGUGCCGCCAUGUUGCUGCGGUACGCGCUCAACGAGGCCACUGCCGCGGACCGCAUCGAGGCCGCCGUUCUCGCCGCCCUAGAUGCCGGGUACCGGACGGGAGACAUCAUGUCCGCAGGAAUGAAUCUGGUGGGGACGAAAAAGAUGGGCGAAGUGGUUCUACAGAAUCUCGCGCAGAAGGUUGUGAGCCGAUGAGUCUUAGACCUCUAAACCUAGUGCGCUGAACACGUACUUCUGCCGCACCUAGUAUGUACGCAAAGUUGCUGCUGAUCGAAGGUGCACCAACUCAUCGAAGUCACAGUGAUCUUCGAGUCAAGUGCACGUACAUGCACUCGUGGUCACGAUCAUACAUGGAGCACGUGCCAUGCAAGCUUUGAUUCAGCCCAGGCUUCUAAUUACAAAUCCUCGGGAUGCGCAUUAAUUAACCCAUCCGACG